CCAGUCCUCCACCCACUUGCACCGCACAACCGAACGACGCCCGGAUACCCGCCAUUUCUAGGGUUUUCAUUUUCAUCGAGCGGGAACCUAAAGGCUAAAGAUGCUGGGUUCUCUCCGUUUAUCCACUUCACUCCCCUUGAAUCGUUUCUUCUGCAAAUGCUCCGAACGUCGAGAAACUAUCGACAUGGCCAAAUACAGAGAAGCUUUCUCAAGGAGGAUGACCAUGGCAGGACUCAAACCCCAUCAUCGAAUUGCUAUGGGAGUUUCUGGCGGACCCGACAGCGUGGCGCUCUGCGUUUUAACAGCGGGUUGGAAGGCCGAUGCCCAAGUUGGAAUGGACGAGACUACGGGUUGCAUCGAUGGGCUUUUAGCUAUUAUCGUCGAUCACGGACUACGAGCUGAGAGCAAGGAUGAGGCGAACUGUGUCCGCGAUAGGGUCUCUAGAAUGGGAAUUAAAUGUGAGGUUGCAAGGUGCGAAUGGUCUAGUGGUAAGCCAAAGCAGGGUCAUUUGCAAGAAGCAGCUCGUGAAAUGAGGUAUAAUAUUUUUCAGAAUGUCUGCGUCCAGCACCAGAUAGGUGUCUUGCUUAUUGCGCAUCAUGCCGAUGACCAGGCUGAAUUAUUCAUUCUCAGACUAUCUCGUAACAGUGGUGUUCUUGGACUUGCUGGGAUGGCAUUUACUUCUCAGUUGUUCUCUGCAUAUACUCAUUGUGAUGAAAGUUCAACCAAUCAUGGGAUUUUACUAGUGCGACCACUGUUGGAGUUCUCAAAAGAAGAUAUGUACAAGAUAUGUCUAAGGAGUAAUCAGGAAUGGGUGGAAGAUCCAACAAAUCGGAGCCCAUUAUUUGCUCGUAACAGGAUCCGUAUGUCACUGGGAAAUUUAUCAUGUACCAUUAGAUCUGAACUACAGAAACUUAUUUCCACCUGUCGGAAAACACGAUCAUUUGUUGACACAAUUUGCAAUGGUUUAAUAGAUCGAGCUGUGACCAUAACUACUCAUGGAUAUGCCAUUAUUGAUCUAGAGAAGCUGAAUCCAUCAAAUAUUGAGGACAUAUGUCUAUCAAAGUUUGCUUCGUUGGUUUUGCAGUUCAUCUCACAAAGGCAUCGGCCGGUACGAAGUCGCACCUCACAACUUUUGUUGGAUUACAUUCGUAAAUUCCCGUGCAAGACAUCCCUUACUGCAGCUGGUUGUUAUCUUUGUGCAGCUCCUGGGUCUAAAGGUUCAAAUAUUAUUGUCUGCUGUUCACUUGAUUCACCUCAUCCGUCAAAGAUGGAAACAUCUUGGACAUCUUUCUCUGAAGGAAUGAAGUAUUGCCCACAAACUGAUAUGCAACAAAUUAUCAUGGAUGGAAAAUCAUAUUCAAAUAGCUUGCUGCCAGGUGCCACAGAAGUGCCAUUUUUAGAUGUAACACCUUCAGGGUCUCUUCUAAAUGAAGCCAAGAAUCUUGGUAUUCUUAGUGAGUUGACUCAUAAAAGCAUUCUCCUCUUGCAAAAAGAGGAAAAUGAGAAUUUCAAGACCAAAAAUGAAAUUAUGUUUGAACAUGACUUCAGGCAUGAAAUAAAGUCUGCUAGUGCUUUCCUAAGAGAACCACUUCAAUCAGGGAAGAUCUGCCACUUCAUGAGUAGAUUCUUGGUUACAUGGAGACUAUGCAGAGAGAGCAUUGAAGAUACAUUUCCUCUGGAGGAGACUUGCUGCACCUGGAACUCAGAAGGGGCAAGUGGUGAUUAUCUUUGCAGGUCUUGCAUUGUUAGCCAUGAAACAGUGGCUGAGGUCCGUCCCAUGGUUGAUUCUGAUUGGCUAUAUCUUGCCAACCUUUCAAAGUCUCAGAUAAGAGAAAGUCAACACUUCCAGUCAGGCGAUAUGAUGAACCAGAGAGAGAUGAACUCAUGUAUAGAUUAUGUAAGGUUAUCAGCUCAAAGAGCUCUCCAGUCCUUGAAAUCUAUUCCUGUUGCUGCAAGAAGAAGCUUGCCUGUCCUGGUCAAUCCUCAAGGCCUAUUACUAAGCAUUCCAAGCAUUUGUUUCAAGCAUUGCCCUUACUUGAUGGUUUCUUCUGUAUUCAAGCCAAGAGUACCACUUGGAGGUCAUAGUUCAUUUAUCUGAUAUCUGGGGUUAGAGAAGAAUUUCACGGAUGUCUAUAUAAGGAGUAUCUUGCAUCAGUCAUCUUUUUUUAUUAGACAGCCCUUGCCACCAAGUAGCACCCAGUGCCUGCAGUAUAUAAAUUAUUUCUGCCAUUUCUCUAUUUAUUUUUUGUCCCUUUUAUUUUGGAGAAAUCCCAACUCCCAAGAUACUGGAGAGAGAUCCUCACAAUGGAACCAUUUAUUAUGAUAAUUAGCACCCACCUCCCGCCCCCAAUUAUUGUCUUGCUGUUUGUCAAUCUUAAGCUUCUUACGGAAAAUUCCAAGUGUCUCAAUGUAUCAGUUGGAAGUUCUUAAAAACUUGAUUAUAAGUGGAUGAGAAAACAACACUAUGUGUUUCGUUCA